UCCGGUCGCAGCCCUCUCGCGGGAUUUUGAGCCGGAUUCUAUUGUGCCACGUCUGAGCUGUGCAGGUGAGAUGGGUCGUAUCUGGCAGAAAGGAGGGCGAGCGGCCUGUGCCGCGUUGAUGGCCUUAGUGGUGGUCAAUCUGCUGUGCAUUGCAUUGGCUCAGAAUCAUCACGGACACAGCCAUGAAGGUCAUCACCAUGGGCACAGCCACGGUCACCAUGGCCACAGUCAUGAAGGUCACCAUGGCCACAGUCAUGAAGGUCACCAUGGCCACAGCCAUGGGCAUCAUGGACACAGCCAUGAGCAAGAACACGGGCACAGUCACGAGGGCCUUCAGAAGCACGAUCACCACGGUCAUGGUCAGGAGGAUCUUGAUGAGUUCAGGAGCCGCUGGCAGUUUGGUGAUGCGCCUCAGGAGGGCGCUGAACAGCCUGUUAAGAGGGAAGCCCCUGUAGACUCUCCACCUCCUCCAUCACAGGGGGCAAGAGAGAAGCUGGACCCGGUGACACUGUGGACCUAUGCGAUCGGUGCCACGCUGCUGAUCUCGGCCGCGCCGUUCUUCAUCCUCUUCCUGAUCCCGGUGCAGUCCAACAGCAGCCAACAUCAGUCCCUGCUCAAGCUGCUUCUGAGCUUCGCCUCAGGGGGGCUGCUGGGAGAUGCCUUCCUGCACCUUAUCCCCCACGCCCUGGAGCCGCACUCUCAUCACCAGGAGGAGGAGACUCACGGGUCACAUGGUCAUCACGGACAUGGACAUUCUCAUGAUCAGAGCCAUGCCCAUAUGAUGUCUGUCGGCCUGUGGGUGCUGGCCGGUAUCAUCGCCUUCCUAGUGGUAGAGAAGAUUGUACGUCACCUUAAAGGAGAGGUUGGACAUGGGCAUAGCCACGGGCACAGCUAUGUUACAGCUCCAAAGGAAGCCAAGGCCAGUGAAUCUAAGGAUAAGGAAGAUGAGAAAUCGGAAGGGAAGGAGGGAGUGAGGCAAAGGAAGAACGAGAAUAAUGGCAGCCAGAAAGGCAAGAAGGGAAAAGAGGAGCCGCCACGAUCAGAUAUGACCGUCUCUGGCUACCUCAACCUUGCUGCUGACUUCACCCACAACUUCACCGACGGUUUAGCCAUCGGAGCCUCUUUCUUGGUCAGCACCAACGUCGGCAUCGUUACCACCAUCACCAUUCUCCUGCACGAGGUGCCCCAUGAGAUCGGAGACUUCGCCAUCUUGGUACAGAGUGGCUGCACCAAGAGGAAGGCGAUGAUGCUGCAGCUCAGCACGGCAUUGGGCGCUCUGGCAGGCACUGUCUGCUCCCUCUUGGCGGAAGGAAUCGGUGAAGCGGCCACUUUGUGGAUUCUUCCUUUCACCGCCGGCGGAUUUAUCUACAUCGCAACAGUCUCCGUCAUCCCUGAGCUGCUCCAAGACUCUCGCCCCUCUCAGUCCAUCAAGGAGACCAUUGGGCUGCUUCUCGGGGUCGCCAUGAUGGUGCUCAUUGCACACUUUGAAUAGAUU